AUCCGCCUCCACUUAAAAUGAUGAAGACAUCACCAAAAUGCAGAGAGGGCAAAGAACUUGUUCAAUGUCCGACACCCGGAUGUGACGGCAUGGGUCAUGUGUCUGGAAACUACGUCACACAUCGAAGUUUGUCUGGUUGCCCUUACGCUGAUCGUGCAAAUCUUCAGCUUCAACACCAAGACCUGAAGUGUCCCACUCCCGGAUGUGACGGGUCCGGUCAUCUGACUGGAAACUAUUCUUCACACAGAAGCCUGUCUGGGUGUCCACGUGCAAAUAAACUAAAGAAUCUUGCGAGAACAAGAGAAGACAAAACGGAUUCCGAGCCGCUUCCUGAG